AUGGUAUCAGCUUUGAAUCCCAGAACUACAGAGUUUGAAUUCGGUGGGCUGGCCGGUGCCUUAGGCAUCAGCAUAGGGCUACCUGUUUUCACUAUCAUCUUGAAUCAAAUGAUCAGGCCGGAUUAUUAUAUUAAGGGAUUUUUCCAGAAUUUUGAUAUAGUUGAGCUUUGGAACGGUAUUAAGCCGUUGCGUUACUAUCUGGGCAAUUGCGAAUUAUGGACUGUUUAUUGCAUGUGGUAUGGAAUCUUGGCAGUUUUGGACGUCAUUUUGCCCGGCAGAGUUAUGAAGGGUGUUCAGUUAAGGGAUGGUUCGAAGCUUUCGUACAAAAUCAACGGUAUUGCCAUGUCUACAACUUUGAUCUUAGUUUUGGCUAUCAGAUGGAAAUUAACUGAUGGGCAAUUGCCGGAAUUGCAAUACCUGUAUGAAAAUCACGUUGGUUUAUGCAUAAUAUCUAUUUUGUUUUCAUUUUUUUUGGCAACGUAUUGCUACAUUGCCAGUUUCGUACCAUUAAUCUUCAAGAAAAAUGGCAAUGGUCAGAGAGAAAAGAUCUUGGCGCAAGGUGGAAAUUCAGGAAACAUCAUUUACGAUUGGUUUAUUGGUAGAGAACUGAACCCUCGUUUGGGCCCAUUAGAUAUCAAGAUGUUUUCAGAGUUGAGACCCGGCAUGUUAUUAUGGUUACUAAUCAAUCUUUCCUGUCUGCAUCACCAUUACCUGAAGACCGGUAAAAUCAACGACGCAUUGGUCUUGGUCAAUUUCUUGCAAGGAUUUUAUAUUUUCGAUGGGGUACUAAAUGAAGAAGGUGUGUUGACCAUGAUGGAUAUCACUACAGAUGGGUUCGGUUUCAUGUUAGCGUUUGGUGAUUUGAGUUUAGUUCCAUUUACCUACUCCCUACAAGCCCGUUAUUUGAGUGUUUCGCCCGUAGAAUUGGGAUGGGUCAAAGUUAUCGGUAUAUUAGCCAUCAUGUUUUUGGGAUUCCACAUCUUCCAUUCGGCAAAUAAACAAAAAUCUGAGUUCAGACAGGGCAAAUUGGAAAACUUAAAAAGUAUCCAGACAAAACGUGGUACGAAGUUAUUAUGUGACGGAUGGUGGGCUAAAUCGCAGCAUAUCAACUACUUCGGCGAUUGGUUGAUUUCAUUAAGCUGGUGUUUGGCCACAUGGUUCCAAACUCCCUUGACGUAUUACUACUCGUUGUACUUCGCCACGUUGUUAUUACACCGUCAACAACGUGAUGAGCAUAAGUGUCGUGUGAAAUAUGGCGAAAACUGGGAAGAGUACGAAAGAAAAGUUCCUUACAAGAUUAUUCCAUAUGUUUAUUAA